AAAAAAAGAAACCUAAAAGAGAGUAAAGAUGUAUUCUGAAGUCUUCCAAGAACAUUUCAUCUCAAGAAAGAUCCUAUUUGAUCACAACAUGCACCAACAAGAAACUCAUGCACCUGACAAGAACAACUUGAGCGGCAACGUUCUAACGCUUCUCUCUAUCCUUGUAUGCGGUAUCAUCGGCUCCAUCGCGUUGCAUUACUUUAUCGGUUGCAUAUUCAGACGCUCCUCCAGUUUCAUGAUCGCUGAUCCCAUCUCUAGCCCGCCCACACCACGAGUGUCAGCAGGAAACAAAGGCAUCAAGAAGAAAGCUCUCAAGAUGUUCCCAAUAAUAAAAUACUCACCAGAGAUCAACCUCGGCGAGGAGUGUGUCAUUUGCUUGUCUGAUUUUCUAGUUGGAGAACGGAUACGGCUGCUUCCAAAGUGCAACCACGGGUUCCAUGUUCAAUGCAUCGACAAGUGGCUUAAGCAGCAUACGACUUGUCCGAAGUGUAGACAGUCUCUGGUUGAGACAUGUCAAAAGAUCUUAGGCGAGUGUGAUAGAGCUGACCAGGUUGCAGCAACACCAACGGAGAUCAUAGAUGUCAUCAUUUCUCCUCUACAACCUGAAGCAAGAGUCAACUCUUUUAUAGAAAGCAGCUAGAGAGCAUGCCAAUAGUUUAUGUCCGUAGUUAAUAGGAUGAGCAUUUUUCUUAUGAUUUUUCCUUGAAGCCCAAAAUGUAUAAUGCUGGUUCUUGACAAGCCAGAUGAAACAUUUGCCUUUAUCCAUCUUAAAGAGCUAUUAUACAUAUGAUAAAUCCAAAAAUGUUUAUCAAAUUUUUGUUAAGAUUCAUCCAAAAAUGUUUAUGGUCCAUAAAUCUCAUAUUCG